UUUGAUGGUAUGUUAAAGGAAGUAAUACAUAAGGCAUUGGUAAAUUCACUUGAUCAACAACUUCCAACUUGGUCAGUUGUGUCUAAUGUGCAAAUGGUUGCACCUGUCAUUAAUCUAUCUCCACCUCCUUUAUUAUGGGUCAAGGUGGCAUUCAAUAGGACUAAUGAUCAUGAUAAUGCAUUAACCAAGUUUGAAAUCAUUCAGCCAUAUUGCCCAAACACUGAGUUUGUGUUAAUUGUUAUUCCUUUUGGAACGUCACCCUUUCAAGCAAAUCCAAACCCCGGGAUUAUAUCAGUUGCAGUAACAUUACCAAGAGCAGAUCUUCCUUCAAGAGCACCAUAUAUUGGCCAUUGGGCUGUAGGUACAACUUUUGAUACA